AUGCACAUUUAUUUGGAGGGUAUACGUAAGAAACAAUUAGGAUUAUUUUUUAACACUCUAUCAGAUAAUAAUCGUAUCAAUUGGUCUCGUAUUUGUAAUGGUAUUGGUCAAUUUUCUUAUCCUUUGAGCGAUCAAGCGCCAUCACCUGAUUUUAGUUGGAAAAAAGCUAAUUCGUUACCAUUGUCAUCAUCAGAAACGUUAUCUCUUAUGAAGCAUUUACCAUUUAUUAUGAGAAAUAUUUUAGGUGAAGAUCCCGAAUUAAACGAACAAUAUGAGUGUCUUCUUAUACAAAAAUAUUUAACACAAUACGAUGAACUUUACGACCGUGAACAACGGAUACCGAAGCAUCAUUACAUGAUUCAUUUAGCCAAACAGUUAAAAACAUUAGGACCACUGCGAUUUGCUAACUGUAUGCCAUUUGAGAAGAAACAUGCUUAUUUUAAAACAUUUUCAUUCAGAAAUUUCAAAAACAUUGCUCUAACUCUUAGUAAUAAACACCAAAACAAAAUUGCUGCUGACAUGUUAACUUCGGACAAUAUUGCCAACAAACAUUAUUUAUAUGCUGGUCAUCAGUUAGGAAAUCUUUCAUUAGUGGAGAAUGAUCAGCUUCCAGAGGCAUCUUUUCUCCUAUAUUUGUUCAAAUAACAAAUAUUUUUCUCCAAGAAGCAGUGAUUAUUCUUAGAGGUAAACAGUUUUGUGUUUUAUCUAAAGAUUUGCGUGUUUCAGGUUAUGAAGUAUACUUAACGCCAU